AUUGAUUUUUUCUUAAGUUCUAAUGCAUUCCUUCCGGUCUAUUCUCUUAACAGGAAGCACCUUAUUUAGAUACGACAACGUCGAACAGGACCUCAAGACGUUACGUAGGUUAUAUCCCGGAGUUGCUAGAUCAUUUAGCGGCUCGUUUAAAAUUUGACUACGAAAUAAGACUGAUAGACGAAUACGGCUACUGCAAAAGGACGUCUAGCAGGGACAAUUGCACGGUCGAUAAGUGGAAUGGUAUGGUUAAAGAGAUCCUUUAUAAUAAAGCCGACUUAUCCGGACCGAUGCUGAUGACUAGAGAACGAGCAAAGUUUUUACAGUUCACGAGCGCCUUAUUCUACGAUACGGCUUCUGUUCUAAUCCGCCGAGACGAAAGGGAAGAUUAUAACAUUACACUAGCAACAGAUUUAUGGAAGAAGAGGAGAUAUUUAGCAUUUGGUAUUCUGAAAUCAGGAGCUGAAAGUGUGUUCUUAAAGAGGCUAUCAAGAUCCAGUACGGCGUACAGAAGGUUAUAUAGCUAUCUCAAAAAGCAAAGUCGAAUGUGCACUUAUUACAAAACGUGUCUAAGUAAAGUAAUAACCGGUAUAAGGACAAGGAGGAGGGGAAAAAGGAUCGGAUUCGCCUUCAUACUUAUCAGAUCCAAAGCGGAAUACGAAGCGUUUAACAUAAUUCGACGCUCGUUCGACAAUAAGCCUCAAUGCGAUUUAACAGUUACUGAUAGUUUCCUUUUUAAAAUUCCAAGGGGACUUGCUGUAAGAAAAAAUGGGGAAUUUUCGGAAAAAAUUACUCAGGAAAUAAUUCAAAUGGCAAAAGAUGGCGUUCUUGCCAAUUUAUACGCUAGAUGGUUCAUUGGGUUAACCUGCGAUAAUAGUCUUAUCUACCAAGAAAAAGUAAAAGAGAGAUUACUAGAUGACUAUUUUACAGAAUAUUCUAAUUCUAUGGGAGAGAACGUUUUCGACGCCUUUACAAACAACACUCAAAAAAUACGUUUAUCAAUAAGAUAUAUAUUAUUGUGGUCUUCCUUAAUUGCUUUAACAGUAAAUCAUUAUUCACUUACCAUUAUAUAAGGUAAUACAAACAAACUGGUAAAUAUUUAAAAGUAUCUAAUCAACCUAAUACAAAAGGGAAUAAUAGUUGUAUAUAUAUAUAUAUAUAUUAAAAAAACACUACAAC